AUUCUGUUUAGCAUUCCUAUCUAGUAUCAAAUUUGUUGCGAAAGUUUCGUAAUCUUAAUAAUAACCCGAAUAAAGGGGUUGAGAUGUCCACAUAUAAUUUCGCUAUAAUAAUAUGUCGGAUUGGUAUUGGAGAGUGAUUGCCUUGAAAGCGGCGUUCGUGCUUACAUGUUUUGUUAGUUAUGUUUGGACCGAUGAUACUAUUAAACAGUUACCGUUUUGUAAUCCCCACGCUGCUGAGGAUUCAACUUUUAAUGAUUUAAUAAUAGUAAGCACUCUAGAUGGACGACUCACAGCAUUCUCAUCGGAAAACGGCGUCAAAGCUUGGGCUCUGGAAACUCAACCAUUGCUAUCGUCUAAUUUACAUCACGUUGAGCUUACGUCAGGCGGAAAAUGGGUUCGGCUAAUACCGUCAUUACGUGGUACUCUGUUCAGUUUAAGCGGAGAUUCCAUUGAGCCUUUGCCCUUUGAUGCGGAACAGUUAUUAUCAUCGUCGUUUAAAUAUUCAGAUGAUCUUGUGAUAGCUGGUGCCAGAGAGACACUAUGGGUGGGUUUGGACGCUCACACCGGUACUGUUAUAUACGAGUGUUCCUCGAGUGGUUGUAACAGUGAACAGCAGACUGCAGUCGCUGGAAGGGACAUCAUAGUGAUCAGACGACACUCGAACACUGUGAGAGCUCUGGACCCACGUUCCGGCACAGAGAAGUGGAACUUCAGCGUAGCGGAGCACCACUUGUCGUUGAGCCGUCGCGAGUGCGUCGGCGCGGGGAGCGCGAGGCGCACGCUUGCAGUGGGCGUGGCGUUGCCAGAGGGCGUGGUCGCGGUGCGGGCGCCCGGUGACAUCGCGCCAAUAUGGCAACACAAGCUCGAGGCCCCCGUCGCCGGCAUGUGGAGGCUGCAAGACGGUUCGCUGGAGAACAUGGACGUUCUGUGGGAGGCCGCGCAAGCUCUAGCCGAUGCGAACACACAAACAGCACCCUCGCUUUAUCUCGGAGUUCAUAACACACAGCUAUACAUACAAGAAAGUGCUCUGUACGCGCAAAAGAUCGAAACUUCGGUAGCAACGAAACCGGUACCGUGGAAGUUGAAACCGUCUCGGCCUCUCAUCACCGAUGGUACCACCGCUCUAUCACCACCCGAGGAAAACACUCUAGCCGUGAUCACUCUUCAAGGAAAUGCGGGAAAAACAGAAAACCACGGCUUCUUCCUCUACCCGCAAGAGACAUGUGAUCAAUCAGUUCAAGUGAACGAGAAUUCCAUCGAAGGUCCAGACAUAGUUCUACCCAACAACAGCGAUGACCAACCCGAUCACCAACAUGUGCAUGUCCACGUAUAUUCUCUAUGGUUUUGGUGGAAAGAAGUCCUAUUAAUAGCCAUAAGCUCAGCCCUACUCAUGAACCUCAUGAUAUGGCCAAGGUUUUUCGCACCAAAAAGACCACCCACCCCUUUACCAGUAAACCAAGAGUAUAUAGUUGUUGAACGACAUUAUGAGAGGCCAGUUACUAAUAACAAUACGGAAUAUUCUGGAAGGUACGAAAAUGAUUUUACGCCGCUGCAGUGUUUGGGUAAAGGGGGUUUCGGUGUUGUGUUCGAAGCUAGGAACAAUAUUGAUCAUUGUUCGUACGCUGUCAAGAGGAUCACUUUGCCGAAACGGCAGUCGAAACGCGAGCGUGUAUUACGGGAAGUUCGAGCGCUCGCGAAGCUCGAGCACGAGCACAUCGUGCGCUACUUCAACGCAUGGCUCGAGGAGCCGCCGCCGCGCUGGCAGGAGCAGCGCGACGCCUACUGGAUGAGGCAGUUAGGCGGUGUAUCGGUGGCUAUGUCCGAGGACUAUACGUCCCGUGUCCCCUCAACCCCUUCCAAUAAAAAGUCCCCCUCGAAGGGAGACAGCGUGAUGUUAAACCUACAUAAAUCCAUUGACGACUGCAUCGACGCUCUCGAUUACGAGAAAAAUUUAUCAGAACCGAGGAGACAUAGAUCACUAAGCUGCAACGAUUCAUUCAGCAUAGUAUUUGACGAGGACGCAACCAAAGACCCUCACCUAACGACCGUGACCCCAGAACCAGAUAACACUCCCAAAAAUAGCCUAUCUACAUAUAGCAGUAGGAAUACCAAUACUUUAUCCAAAAAUAGUAAAAACGCAUCCAGCGACGUUCUUCCCAACAUGCUUUCAAAACAUGGCAGUGGUGACAACGAUGACUCCUUUAUUAUGUUUGCAAAUACAGGUGAUCUAGAAAAUUCUGCAAGACUUUCAGAGGCUAGGAAUUUGUCUAAUAAGGUGCUGGAGAAGAUAAAGGAAGGGGAUACGUUUAAGGAUAGCCAAAGUUAUAAUAAGAAAAAGAAAGGCCACACAAGACACUGGUCUCUAGAUAUGUGUGUCCGUAAUGCUGAAGAGAACAAUGAAAAUGUGGGCUCUAAAAUGUACCUCUACAUACAAAUGCAGUUGUGUAGGAGAGAUAGUCUCCACGACUGGCUGAGGAAUAACCGCACUUGGGAAUCUAGGAAUAGAGAACAGGUGACAACUCUAUUUAGUCAGAUCGUUUCUGCAGUGGAGUAUGUCCAUCUUGCGGGUCUCAUCCAUCGAGAUCUGAAGCCCAGCAAUAUAUUCUUCGCGCCCUGUGGCAAGGUCAAAGUGGGAGAUUUCGGUCUAGUGACCGCUAUGACGGAAAAUUCGCAAGACGGUCCCCAAGAAUUGGAUGUAAACGCGAGACACACGAAUAGAGUUGGUACACAUUUAUAUAUGUCACCAGAACAACUGCUCGGUCAACCAUAUAGCUACAAAGUUGAUAUAUAUUCCUUGGGGCUAGUUUUAUUCGAACUGUUACAUCCGUUUGGAACGGAGUCAGAGAGAGUCGCUUGUCUUAUGGGAGUCAGGAAUGGACAAUAUCCUAUUAACUUUCAGCAGAAGUAUCCUAAUGAGAUGGAGGUAUUAAAACUGAUGCUAUCAAAGCAACCAAAGGAAAGACCGACAGCAAGUGGAGUCAGGGCUCGAGCACCGCUAUACCAAAACACGGACCAAAAAUGGCACUUCACACUCCCCACAAUGGUGUCAUGACUGACUGACUCUGCAAUGGUGACAUAUUCUUAUGUUAACUAGUAACCUGCCCCGGCAUUGCGCAAGCUUGAUAUAAAAGUAUAUUGAUGUUGAGUAAAGCCGGGGCCACAUGCUAAUAUUAUACCUAAAUAAUUAGGUAGUGGUUUGUUGUUUAGUUGUGUUGAACUGUUAAACCAAAUUUAAUUUGGUUCGGUAGCAUAAUACAUUAGGUAUAGUGAUGGCUAUCUGUUUAAAGAAAAAUAAAAUGAAUUCCAAACUACCCUCAUUUAUCCUGUGCUAA